GGCUGGUUCAGAAGGAAUGAGCUAGUCCUCUGAACGUUGAGAUCAGUUUCUAGAGCCGAGAGCCCGAGGCCUUCCCCCGCUCCGGAGCGCACAGGCUUUUAAGGCGGGAAGCCCUGAGAAGCCACUCACCGUCAGGGGCCGCUGGGGCUGAGGCUGCGCCAUCGCCAUUGUCGGCGGCCAUGACACGGCGGGCCCCUCGCCUGAGUAGUCGGUGUGUUCGCCGGGCUUCCGCUUCUUCUCUCCGCGCGGCUCCGGCGAUCGGGGACGGGGCGGGGCCUCGCCCUCCGAGUCGCCGAGUCGCUGACGGGUCGGACUUCCGUUCACACCUCCCGGGUCUAGCGCGGAGGAGGCGGCCGGGCGCGCGCGGGGACCUAUUGGCGGGCGCCGUGCGGGUCGGAGCCACGCCCCCUGGAGUGCGUCGGGAGCCGGGCGCGGGAGACCGAGCGAGAGGAUGGAGGUUUGGACUCCAUGACGGCUCAAGGCUGUUUCAUGUGCUGCAUCUCUACCAAAUAAACUUCCUACCUGCCCUGUGCUUCUAGAUACACGUAAUGAAUCCCUGUCCACACAUACAAAGUCACAUCACUUGCAGAAGUUCAGCCCCACUGGUCAUACCUCAGUGCCACAGCCAGCCAGGGGCAAACCCAUGAGCAUCUGGAGGGCCAUCAUGAAGAAGCCACGAACAGCUGUGAGGAGUUGUCAGAGGAAGCGGGCACCUUGCCAGGAGGGAAGGGAGAAGCGUGUCCUCAGCGGCCGCCAGGUCAAGCCUUCUACCCCCAAUGGCUUGGCCGGGCGGCAGGAGGAGGUGUUGUUGCAGGCCUCUCUCUCCCCGUACCAUCUCUUCAGAGACCCAGCUGACGUCAGAGUCUUUCGGGAGAACCUACUGAGCUGGUACGACCGAGAGAAGCGGGACCUACCCUGGAGAAGGCGGGCAGAGGGUGAGGUGGAUCUGGACAGGCGGGCAUACGCUGUGUGGGUCUCAGAGGUCAUGCUGCAGCAGACCCAGGUUGCCACGGUGAUCAACUAUUACACCCGAUGGAUGCAGAAGUGGCCAACGCUACAGGACCUGGCCAGUGCUUCCCUGGAGGAGGUGAACCAGCUCUGGGCGGGCCUGGGCUACUACUCUCGAGGUCGGCGGCUGCAGGAGGGAGCCCGGAAGGUGGUAGAGGAGCUAGGGGGCCACAUGCCACGGACAGCAGAGACCCUGCAGCAGCUCCUGCCUGGCGUGGGGCGGUACACAGCUGGAGCCAUUGCUUCCAUUGCCUUCGGACAGGCAACCGGUGUGGUAGACGGGAAUGUAGUGCGGGUGCUGUGCCGAGUCCGAGCCAUUGGUGCGGAUCCCAGGAGCGCCCUCGUCUCCCAGCUUCUCUGGAGCUUAGCCCAGCAGCUGGUGGACCCGGCGCGGCCCGGGGACUGGAACCAAGCGGCCAUGGAGCUGGGGGCCACAGUGUGCACCCCGCAGCACCCGCGCUGCAGCCAGUGCCCUGUGCAGAGCCUGUGCUGGGCACAGCAGAGGGUGAGCCGUCUGCGGAAGGGGCAGGCAGGGGUCCUAGACGGUGACCUCUGGCGCCUGACGUCUGCCUCGCGCCUCAGGUGGAGCGGGAACGGCUCUUGGGCUCGCGGGCCCCGCCGGGCAGCCCCGACGUGGAGGAGUGUGGUGAGCGCCAGCCCCAGCCCCGCAGCGCGCCGCCCGGCACUUUAUCCUACGCUGAGUAAGACCCUGCAGAGCUGGGCCACGGCCUGCUGCCUGGGCCUGAGCGGCGCUGCGGGAUCUCUCUUCCCAGCUCCCCGCGCGGGGCCCUGCAGGCUGUGCGCGCCUCCCACGGAGCCCUGGGACCCGACCCGGGGAGUGACCAACUUCCCCAGAAAGGCCGGCCGCAGGCCCCCCAGGGAGGAGUGCUCUGCCACCUGUGUUCUGGAGCAGCCCGGGGCCCUCGGGGGUCCUCGGGUCCUGCUGGUGCAGAGGCCCAGUUCAGGGCUGCUGGCAGGACUGUGGCAGUUCCCAGCUGUGACCGCAGAGCCCUCGGGGCCACGGGAGCGCGAGGCCCUGCUGCGGGAGCUGCAGAGCUGGGCUGGGCCCCUCCCAGCGCCCCGCCUCCGGCACCUCGGGCAGGUGCGUGAGCCGCGGGCGGGGCAGGGGUGUGGCUUUUGUGGGCACAUCCCUGGGCCUGUUUCAGCCCCUUGGCCCUCCCUCCAGGUGGUCCACACUUUCUCUCACAUCAAGCUGACCUAUCAAGUAUACGGUCUGGCCCUGGAAGGGCAGACCCCGGUGACCGUCGCGCCGCCUGGCGCUCGCUGGCUGACCCGCGAGGAGUUUCACACUGCAGCUGUCUCCACCGCUAUGAAAAAGGUGUUCCGUGUGUACGAGGGCCAACAGCCAGGGACCCGCAAGGGUCCCAAAAGAUGCCCGGUGUCCACUCCAUCCAGCCGGAAAAAGCCCAGCCCGGGCCAGCAACUCCUGGAUAGUUUCUUUCGGCCUCCGGAUGCAUCCAGCCUCAACAGUACUGCCCAGUGACACCUCUGGAAGCCCCCACUUCCUGAGAAUCCAGUUUUUUAAUAAAGUGCUUAUUUUUAUAGUCA